ACAAUAUUCACACAGUCAUAAUUUGAAGUGAAGAACACGCGUCUAAAAGGUGUUUUAAUUCUCUGCGAGAAAGAAAUACGAACGAAAGUAUUACACAAAAAUUAAUAAAUUUUACUUUAAUUUCGUUUUGGUUUUUUUUUAUCGAAAAAAGAAACAAUUCAAGAAAUAUAAAGCAAAUCAUUUUAAUCGCAAUCAUCAACGAGGAACGAAGACGAGAGUUUUAGAGAGUGUUUUUUUUAUAUUGAAUAAAACCGGAAUCAACGAGUCGAUAUGUCUGUAAUUGGAAUAGAUUUUGGUAAUGAAUCAUGUUUCAUUGCAGCUGCUGUUUCGGGUGGCAUCGAAACACUUGCAAAUGAUUACAGUUUGCGUGCAACACCAGCAUGCGUUGCGUUUGCUGGCAAAAAGCGUGUGUUGGGUGUUGCAGCCAAAAAUCAACAAGUGACAAAUAUGAAAAAUACGGUUAGCAAUUUCAAGCGUUUGUUGGGCCGUAAAUUUAACGAUCCAGCCAUUCAAGAUGAAUUGAAAGCAUUACCGUAUCGCGUUGAAGCGUUGCCGAAUGGCGGCAUUGGUAUUCGUGUUAGUUACAUGGAACAAGAGCAUGUAUUUACGCCGGAACAAGUGACAGCAAUGUUGUUUACAAAGCUAAAGGAAACCUGCGAAACAGCCUUGAAAAAACCAAUGAAAGAUUGUGUCAUUACGGUUCCAUCAUUUUUCACUAGCGCUGAACGUUCAGCACUCAUCGAUGCCGCUCAAAUUGCCGGCCUAAACAUUUUACAUUUAUUGAAUGAAACAACUGCCGUUGCACUGCUCUAUGGAUUUUACAAAACCGAUUUACCACCACCGGAAGAGAAACCAACGAACGUUGUAUUUGUUGAUUUUGGUCAAUCUCAAUUGCAGGUUGCAAUUUGUGCAUACAAUCGCGGUAAAUUGCGAAUGGUGAGCAGCGCUUGGGAUCAAAUUGGUGGACGAAAUAUUGAUGCUAUUAUGGCUGAAGUGUUUGCCGAACAAUUUAUUAAGAAGUAUCGUGUAAAUGCCCAUCAAAAUCCACGUGCAUACCUUCGACUAAUGUCCGAAGUUGAAAAAUUGAAGAAACAAAUGUCGGCCAAUAGCACAAAAUUACCAUUGAACAUUGAUUGUUUCAUCGAUGAGAUUGAUGUCACUUCAAACAUGUCACGUACCGAAAUGGAAGAACUUUGUGCUGACAUUUUCAAACGGGUAGAACUCACAUGCCGAAAAUGUCUACAAGAUUCAGGUUUAUCGGCCGAUGACAUAGCCGCGGUUGAGGUUGUUGGAGGCAGCACAAGAAUUCCAGCGGUUAAGGCAAUCAUUGAACAAGUGUUUGCAAAACCAAUAAACACAACACUGAAUCAAGAUGAAGCUGUAUCACGUGGUGCUGCUUUGCAAUGCGCCAUCCUAUCGCCAGCCGUUCGUGUGCACGAUUUUGGUAUUACAGAUAUUCAAAACUUUGCCGUUCGAAUUGCAUGGGAUUUGGAGUCAAACAAUCGUAGCGAAAUGGAAGUUUUCAAAUCACAUCAUGAGUUCCCAUUCAGUCGAAUGAUUACAUUACAACGUCGGGAACCACUUAGUCUUCAACUGUUCUAUGCUGAUCCAGAUUUGCGUUCCGACUCAUUUAUUGGUCGUUGGUAUGUGAAAAAUAUUAAACCAACUGCAACUGGCGAAGCGCAAGAAGUGAAAAUUAAAGUGCGCAUUAAUUCGAAUGGCGUCAUUCAGCUGACCAGCGCAAAUAUAGUGGACAAAAAACCGAAAGAAGAAGCUCCGAAUGACAAUGGAAACACCGACACCAAUAACAUGGAAGUCGCACAAGAGGGUGACUCGAAUGACGAUGCCAAUGAAUUACCACACCCUAACAAUAUACCACAAUCACCCACAUCUCAAGGUCAAGGUUGGACGCAACGGGUUAAAGGAUGGUUUUCUUCGGGUGACGAUGGCAAAAAGGGUAAAAAGAAAAAAUCGGCUGAUUUGGUUGAACUUCCAUUCGAUAGCCAGUUGCCUGGCAACACCGAAGUUGAUCUACAAAAAUUCAAAGAUGAAGAGUCCCGAAUGAUUGGCAACGACGAAAAGGAAAAGGAGCGUGUCGAUGCACGUAAUGCACUUGAAGAGUAUGUGUAUGAUAUGCGUGAAAAAUUAUCAGAAGAAGGUUCGCUGUCGACAUACAUUGAAGGUAAUCACCGACAAAAUAUCUGCCAACAAUUGAACGAUUUGGAAAAUUGGCUAUACGAAGAGGGUGAAGAUUGUGAAAAUGAUAUUUAUCGAUCAAAAUUGUCCGAUCUUCAUAAGCAAACUGAUCCGAUAAAAGCGCGUAGUUUUGAGUAUGAGAAUCAAAUGAAUGCAUUCACCGAACUGGGUCAUGCCGUACAAAUGGCACGAAAAUCCAUCAAUGAAUUCCGUACGAAUACCGCUAAAUAUGAGCAUAUCACUGAAGUGGAAAUUUUGAAUGUCACCGAAGCAACGGAUCGUGCCCAACGUUGGCUGGAAGAGAACACUGGCCGUGUAGCAAAUACAUCGAAAACUCUUGAUCCACCCGUGCGUAUCAGCGACAUUCGUAAUGAAUUGAAUACGUUGACCGUAUGUGUGAAUAGUGUAUUAAAUCGACCAAAACCAAAAGCACCAACACCACCGGCAUCAAAUAAUGGUACAUCCGGCAAUGGCGAACAAACGGAAGCCGGACAAUCGGAUGCGAAGAAUGCCGAACAGGGCCAAGAAGACAAAAUGGAUGUAGAAUAAAAGCAAAAGAACCGAUUCUCGACGGUCAUACAUGGAAUGCAUCGCGUAUUAAUGUGUUGGCCGCGAAAACAAUCAAUGCUUAGGGAUGAGUAGUUUAAUGCUAUAAACAACAACUGAAUAUACAAACAUAAACACAAAUUAAGGGAAAAUUGAAGCAAGUAAAAAUUGUAAUAAAAUAAGAGAACGGAAGAAACAAAAACAAUAAUUUAAUUAAUUGACUUAAUUGCUAUAUUCUGAUAGUUCUUAUUUUAUUUUAUUUUUCUUUAAAUAAAAUGAUGAUAACGAUACGAUGUUGGUGAUGCAAAAUAUAAAAAAUAGAAGAAGAAUGGAUAAUAAUCAAACGAAUGGCCGCAAGUGAUCACACAAACAGAAUUUUAAAUGUUUGUACUAGCAAAAGGAAAAUCUCUUAGGAUACACACCUUUCUAAAACGAUCGUGAUUUUGAAUCGUAUUGCGCAUUUUUUCUACACAUUUUUUUUGCUACUCAAAUGAAAAUACAAUUAUUCGAUUCGCAUGAUCGACCGUCCGAUUCGAUUCAUUACUACGAUCGUUUGUGAAAUGUAUGAAAACUACACAAAUAUAACGAACACAUUAUUUAUUCACCAGUUCGACAAUAGGUUUCUCAAACAAAACACAAUUAAACAACAAUUCACAUGUAUUGAAGGCUAGAGCCACACGAAUUUGAAAAGAUUUUUAUGACUCAACAUGAUAUAAAUGUUGAUUUCACAUAUUAAGUUCAAAUGAAUGAUUUGGCAACAUUUUUGAUGUUUUUUGAUGGAUUUACAUGCAAAAUCACUUGAAAUUUUGUGAAUACAUUGCACCAAGUCCUAAAAUCUUUUAACCAACUUAACAGUGCAUACUUUUAUCUAUAAAUUUACUCGAAAAUUGAAAUUCUCUAUUGCUUUACCCAUAACGCUAGAUAAACAGAUAAAACAUUCUCGUCAUAUUAAAACAUGAAGGUAAUCAUUUUUUUCAACAUAUUCAAAUAAAAAGCAUUUAUCGCUUUCAUCACAUUUUCCGUUA